AAAAGUCCACUUUUUUCUGCCAACUGUUCUUUUUCGGUUUUUUGUUCUCUUUUUCGGAGGCCGAGUCGGACCGAUUUCGGCUGGUGCUAACGUGCGCCGCGGUGGCCGGUGAUCCGAACUCGGAACUCCUUUUACUAUUUAAGUAUCUAAUUCUAUCAGCUUCUUCCGCGUUCGUCUCAAAUUCCGAACCUUCCGAUCAUCUCACAGUCUCAGCUCGCUUGGAGUCCGUGGUUGUACGGACGGGGGUUUGGGGGUUUUGACUGAGAAAUGGAGUCAGCGCUCGGAGUUGGGGAUUGGGGACCGGAAAAACCCUGAUUUGGGACUCUGAUUGCGGCCUUGGAGAUGGAACGGUGAGUGUUUUGAUUGGAGUUGUGGAGGUUUUGUAGAAUCGGAGUGUUUUUGGGGGCUUUUGCUUUGAUAUGGAGCCGAAGGAGCUGAAUUUGAACAGGGACUAUGAAACUGGUAGCAGUGGCGGCGGGGGUGGAGGUUGUGGCGGCGGCGGUGGUGGUGGUGCUGAUGGGUUCAUCGACAGGAGCAGAGUGAGGAUUUUACUGUGCGAUAACAACGGGUCCAGUUCGGAAGAGGUUUUCACGCUUCUUGUGAAAUGCUCUUACCAGGUUAUUUCCGUGAAGUCUCCUCGACAGGUGAUUGAUGCAUUGAAUGCAGAGGGACCUGAUAUCGAUCUCAUACUUGCCGAAGUUGACCUUCCAAUGCGCAAAGGCAUGAAAUUGUUGAAGUACAUCACACGGGACAGAGAGUUAAGGCGCAUUCCUGUAAUCAUGAUGUCGGCAGAAGAUGAGGUCUCUACUGUUGUGAAGUGCUUGAAGCUUGGAGCAGCAGACUAUCUUGUAAAGCCUUUACGAACUAAUGAGCUUCUGAACUUGUGGACGCACAUGUGGAGAAGAAGGCGCAUGCUUGGGCUGGCAGAGAAGAACCUUAUAAAUUAUGUUGAUCUGGUGAUAUCAGACCCUAGCGGAUCCAAUACGAACAGUACUACUUUAUUCUCGGAUGACGCAGAUGAUAAAUCUGGCAAUCCCGAGACAGGAACCUCAGCUCCUGAGGAAGAUAAGUCUGCUGCUGUUGCUGCUGCUAUGGGGCUUCCGGUCAAGAGAAUAUCAGAAUUUCAGCCUGAUGAUCCAGGAAUAAGUGACCACCAAACUGGAAAGUUUUUAUCUGCCCCAAGAAAGAGUAAACUAAAGAUUGGCAUUGGCGAGUCAUCUGCCUUCUUUACCUAUGUCAAAUCAAGCAAACUUAAAAUCAACUCCCAGGUGGUUGCCCAUGUUGAAGACAUUGCCACUGAACAUUUGAGGAUAGAAGAGAAACAUCAAGAAUUUGUUUGCCACCAAGUGGUUGAUGAUGAUCCCCAAGUACAUGGAAAUGGAGAGGCGUGGGAAAGCAACUCACAGGGAGAUGACUUGCCAAGUAGUAAUAGUAUCCCAGAUUCUCUUUCGUUGGAGAGGUCUAGUACCCCGUCUGGAUCAAUGGAACUUCAACAUCAGAGAAGUUUUGAGGAAGACAGAUCCUCUCAAGUGCCUGCACAUCCAAGAAAUGAACUUCAACAUGAUUUUUCUGGCUUACCUGCCCAAGCCGCCUAUCAAUAUUAUAUGCCGGGGGCUGUCAAUCAAGUUAUGAUGUCAUCGUCACCCCAAGUUUAUCAAAAGAAUCUGCAAGACAUGCAAAAUCAUGCUAUGAUGCCACAAUACAAUCAUCUUCCGCGCUGCCCUCCACACAUAAAUGGGAUGGCUUCGUUCCCCUAUUAUAGUAUAUGCAUGCAUCCUGGUCAACAAAUGCCGAAUGCUCAGCCAUGGCCCUCAUUUGGAAGUUCAGCUUCCACUGAAGUGAAUCCAAAUAAGGUUGACAGAAGGGAGGCAGCAUUGAUUAAAUUUAGGCAAAAAAGAAAGGAGCGGUGUUUUGAUAAAAAGAUCAGGUAUGUAAAUCGAAAGAAACUUGCCGAAAGGAGGCCUCGUGUCCGGGGACAGUUUGUGAGGAAGUUAAAUGGUGUAAAUGUGGAUCUUAACGGCGAACCUGCAUCUGUUGAAGAUGAUGAGGAGGAUGAAAGGGACGACGAGGAGCUUGCAUCAAGGGAUUCCUCACCGGAAGAUGGUGCUCCUUAAAGUUCCUGCAUAAUGUUACCUAUGUGGAUGAGUGGGGAUUGGUGGCUCAGUUUAAUUGAUGCAUACUGGGUGCAUCGUCGUAUGGGUUGAAGGCCAUUGAUUCAGGGUUCAAGCUACUGAUUCUAUUUCGGUAAAAUCAAAGAACCGAUCAUCGUAAGGUAUCUCUGUGUCCAUCUUCCUGAGGUACAGCAUAGCCCAAAAGACACCCGAUGUAGAACUACUGAGGUCGGGAAGCUUUCGUCCAUGAUUCAUCUCCAUGUCCAAAAUCCAAACGGAAAUGGGUUCAACUUCCGAAUUCUUCUGUAACGUUUGAGAUUUUGGAUUGUGUGUCAAUGGAGAAGUUUUAAACAAUGACUUAAUCGAGAACGGUGUUUUCUCUUAUUACCAUGGAGUUUUAUGCUUGAGAUUUCACACUCUCGUUCUGUUUCCAUAAUUUCUGUGAAUUUUGGAAGAUUUUUUGUGCCUAUUUGAUGUAAAAAGUACAGUUUGUAGAACAAAAGAAAGACACAUCUGUGACUUGCCGAAA